AUGGCACCACGUUUGGGAAUCUUUCUGAUUUUGGCUGGCACUUGUAUCUUUCUCCAACUGGACCAUGUGGAUGGAGAUGCAGAGCAGCCGAUGGGGGCUCACCCUUCUGCUACAGUCAAACCAGAAAAUAAGUGUGUCUUCCCAUUCAACUACCGAGCUGAUCGGUAUUAUGAUUGCACUAAGGCUGAUUCGUUUUACCAUUGGUGUUCCUUAACUGAAGAUUAUAGAGGGAGUUGGAAAUAUUGUGCUGCCACAGACUAUGCCAAAUGUGUCUUUCCCUUUGUCUAUCGUGGCCUAACAUAUGAAAGUUGCACAACUGAUGGGAGUCUUUUUCGCAUUUCUUGGUGCUCAGUCACUCCUAACUAUGAUCAUCAUGGAGCUUGGAAAUAUUGCUAG